CUCGACCCCCAUGGCCGGCAACCUGGGGGCGCCCUCGGCCGCCGGCGUGGCGCCCCGGCCGGAGGAGGGGAAGGCCCGGGCCGGGCGGCCGGGCGCGCGGCUCUGGGAGGACGCGGAGCCCCCGGCGAAGAAGCUGAGGAGCGGCGAGGACGGCGCGCCGCCCCGGAAGCUGCCCAAGAGGAAGAUCGUGCUGCUGCUGGCCUAUUCGGGGAAGGGCUACCAUGGCAUGCAGAGGAACGUGGGGUCCUCUCAGUUCAAGACCAUCGAAGAUGACCUGGUGUCCGCCCUCGUCCGCUCGGGUUGCAUCCCCGAGAACCACGGUGAAGACAUGAGGAAGAUGUCCUUCCAGCGCUGCGCCCGCACGGACAAGGGUGUGUCUGCCGCUGGCCAGGUCGUGUCACUGAAGGUGUGGCUGAUUGAUGACAUCUUGGAGAAGAUCAACAGCCACCUGCCGUCCCACAUUCGGAUUUUGGGGCUGAAGAGGGUCACAGGCGGCUUCAACUCCAAGAACAAGUGUGACGCCAGGACGUACUUCUACAUGCUGCCCACCUUCGCCUUUGCCCACAAGGACCGGGACCCCCAGGACGAGAGCUACCGGCUGAGCGCCGAGACCCUGCAGCGGGUGAACAGGCUGCUGGCCUGCUACCAGGGCACCCACAGCUUCCACAACUUCACCUCGCAGAAGGGCCCGCGGGAGCCCAGCGCGCGGCGCUACAUCCUGCAGAUGUACUGCGAGGAGCCCUUCGUGCGUGAGGGCCUGGAGUUCGCGGUGAUCAGGGUGAAGGGCCAGAGCUUCAUGAUGCACCAGAUCCGCAAGAUGGUGGGCCUGGUGGUGGCCAUCGUGAAGGGCUACGCCCCGGAGAGCGUGCUGGAGCGCAGCUGGGGGCAGGAGAAGGUGGACGUGCCCAAGGCGCCGGGGCUGGGCCUGGUCCUGGAGCGCGUGCACUUCGAGAAGUACAACCAGCGCUUCGGCAACGACGGCCUGCACGAGCCUCUGGACUGGGCGCAGGAGGAGGCCAAGGUGGCGGCCUUCAAGGAGCAGCACAUCUUCCCCACCAUCGUGAGCACCGAGCGCGGGGAGCGCUCCAUGGCCCAGUGGCUGAGCACGCUGCCCGCCCACGACUUCAGCGCCUCCGCCCUCGCCAGCUCGGGUGCCAAGGUCCCCAGCCCCCUGGAAGGCAGUGAGGGGGACGGAGACAGUGACUGAGGCCGCGGAGCCACCGGCCGCACGUGUCCAGAAGCUGGGGCUGCCACGUCUCGCCGGCCGCGUGAGGGCUGCGGACACACGGGCCUGCCCCGGCCACGGCCUGGCCUCUCACCUCAGGGCCCCAGAUUCUCAUACGGGAACCCUGGCCUCGCCUGUCAGCUCAGCAUGUGAAGACGCUAUUUUUUUAAGGAAGUGGUUUUCUUAAAUACGCGAUUUGCUCACUGAGUCCUGCCUCUUCUUUGGU